GUAUGAUCGAACACGCAGCUUGGAAGAAGCGACACCGCGACACCGCGACACCACGACAUACCCAGCGGAGCUAUGGAUUUUAUUUCUGUCCCUCGACAACGGAGUUUGGUCUUCUGGGUCUCGUUCCGAGCGGGAGAGGAAGAGGACUAUUCCUCGUUUUCUUCACGAUGUCAGCAGGUGUUCGGCAGCACCUGCACUAUAUAUGCGAAUCGGGUCGUGGAGCAGAAUGGGAGGAUCCGGUUUGACGCUUUGGUCGUCUGUGCCCAGAGGCAGCGCAUACGCGCAGUCGCGCGGCAUAAGCAGUGGAAAAUCCCGGGGGCAGAGGGACUGUGCCACUUGAAGUGGCCGGAGAGGAACGAGCGGGCUGUCGUCUUUCUUCAGCGGUGGGCCACGGCCAUCCGGGACGGGUCGCGCACUUUUGGGAGCAGUAAGGGCCUUGAUACGGCCCUCCGGCGGAGCCUGAGGACACGCAUGGACGCGAACAAGGAUAAGAAGGGAGGGCACAGGAUGUCGCCUGAUCGACGCAGGGUAGCGCCUAAGGAUUGGGAUGACAUGAUUGUCAUGUUCCAGUCUGACCAGGUACGGGCUGAGAUUGGGGAGGAUGUCCAACAGACAGACUAUGAGCAGCAGGCGCUUACUAUCCCCAGUGUGUCGGAGGACCCAUUCUCCGGACUCUUCCUCGACGAUAUUCCUCCCGGUGCGGACGGCUACAGCCUUGGGUUGGCUGGGUGUGUCCAGGAGCCGGCUCCGCCUUCCCUACCUGUCUCGUCGACUUGGUUCGACGUGCUGAGUGGGCCACAUCAGUUUGACUUCUCGACAGAGCUCCCUUUCGACUGUGGCGACUUUGAUUUUCAGCUGGAGCUUGGAUGCGACGUGAUCUUUUGAUAUGACUUGGGUAAUGGAAUGGUAGCAGCGUGAUGAUUCGGUGCGUGGCAUAGAGCAGAGCAGGCGUUGGUGCGGUGCACAGGCUUAGAUAGCGUUCGUGUACGUGACGCGAGUAGAACAAUAGAAUCUGGUGCGCUUAGUGGUGCACCAACCUCCCAAAAUUA